AUGUUUUUGAAGGGUGAAAUAGGCCAUUGGAAAAGUGCUGUACCAGGGGGAAAAGUACAGAUGUUUUUGAAGGGUGAAAUAGGCCAUUGGAAAAGUGCUGUACCAGGGGGAAAAGUGCUGAUGUUUUUGAAGGGUGAAAUGGGCCAUUUGAAAAGUGCUGUACCAGGGGGAAAAGUGCUGAUGUUUUUGAAGGGUGAAAUAGGCCAUUGGAAAAGUGCUAUACCAGGGGGAAAAGUGCUGAUGUUUUUGAAGGACUUAUAUAGAAAAAUCCAAAGCUCCGUCCACAGAUCCCAAGCUCCGUCCAGAAAUCCCAAGCUCCGUCCACGGAUCCCAAGCACAAGUCCCAAGCUCCGUUCACAGAUCCCAAGCUCCGUUCAGAAAUCCCAAGCUCCGUCCACGGAUCCCAAGCACAAGUCCCAAGCUCCGUUCACAGAUCCCAAGCUCCGUUCAGAAAUCCCAAGCUCCGUCCACGGAUCCCAAGCACAAGUCCCAAGCUCCGUUCACAGAUCCCAAGCUCCGUCCACAGAUCCCAAGCUCCGACCACGGAUCCCAAGCACAGGUCCCAAGCUCCGUUCACAGAUCCCAAGCUCCGUUCACAGAUCCCAAGCUCCGUUCACAGAUCCCAAGCUCCGUCCACAGAUCCCAAGCACAAGUCCCAAGCUCCGUUCACAGAUCCCAAGCACAGGUCCCAAGCUCCGUUCACAGAUCCCAAGCUCCGUCCACAGAUCCCAAGCGCCGACCACGGAUCCCAAGCACAGGUCCCAAGCUCCGUUCACAGAUCCCAAGCUCCGUUCACAGAUCCCAAGCUCCGUUCACAGAUCCCAAGCUCCGUCCACAGAUCCCAAGCACAAGUCCCAAGCUCCGUUCACAGAUCCCAUGCUCCGUCCACAGGACCCAAGCUCCGGCCACAGAUCCCAAGCUCCGCUCACAGAUCCCAAGCUCCGUUCACAGAUCCCAAGCUCCGUCCACAGAUCCCACGCUCCGUCCACAGGUCCCAAGCUCCGGCCACAGAUCCCAAGCUCCGCUCACAGAUCCCAAGCUCCGAUCACAGAUCCCAAGCUCCGUCCACAGGAUCCCAAGCUCCGACCACAGAUCCCAAGCUCCGUUCACAGAUCCCUCACAGAUCCCAAGCUCCGUCACACAAGCUCCGUCCACAGAUCCCAGGCUCCGUCCACAGGACCCAAGCUCCGUCCACAGAUCCCAAGCUCCGCUCACAGAUCCCAAGCUCCGUCCACAGAUCCCAGGCCCCGUCCACAGGACCCAAGCUCCGUCCACAGAUCCCAAGCUCCGCUCACAGAUCCCAAGCUCCGUCCACAGAUCCCAGGCUCCGUCCACAGAUCCCAAGCUCCGUCCACAGAUGUCAAGCUCCGCUCACAGAUCCCAAGCUCCGCUCACAGAUCCCAAGCUCCGUUCACAGAUCCCAAGCUCCGUCCACAGAUCCCAGGCUCCGUCCACAGGACCCAAGCUCCGUCCACAGAUCCCAAGCUCCGCUCACAGAUCCCAAGCUCCGUCCACAGAUCCCAGGCUCCGUCCACAGGACCCAAGCUCCGUCCACAGAUCUCAGUCUCCGUCCACAGGUCCCAGGCUCCGUCCAUAGAUCCCAGGCUCCGUCCACAGCUCCCAGGCUUCGUCCACAGAUCCCAGGCUCCUUCCACAGAACCCAAGAUCCGUCCUCAGAUGCCAAGCUCCGUCCACAGAUUCCAAGCUCCGUCCACAGAUCCCAGGCUCCUUCCACAGAACCCAAGAUCCGUCCACAGAUCUCAGGCUCCGUCCACAGGUCCCAGGCUCCGUCCAUAG